CAGCCUUUGGGGCGAAGUGCCCUAAAAAUGAAGUUUUUGCAUGACACGCCCUUUCAUUAAGCAUGACACGCCCUUUCAUCGGGCAUCUAAGCUUCAUACCCACCUAAUAAAAAUAGUGAAGUUUCGCCCCUGCUUUUCACGUGUGGUUUUUGUUUACAUCAAGACUGCAUGGACGGUAUAAAGUGCUAAGUGAAGCAAAGGGCGGAAGUAAGCCAGCACUAAGAAUCUGAGUCCACUUGAGGUCAUUGCUUUUUAAGACCGUUUAUGUCGAAGCAGUAAAAAUGGCUCUCCAUGAGAUGAAUAGACUGGUGCUAUUGGCAGUAGCAGUCCUGUGCCUGGCUGGCUUUGCGACGCUGAUUGCUGGUAUCGUCAAGCAGAAUUCCACUGAAAACUGCUCUGCUUCUUCGGCAUCCCAGCGAGUAAGCAGUCCACAGCUCAUAGAAUUCAUCAAAAAGGUGCAAAAAGCCUACUACAAAAUGAACCCAAACAAAAUUAUUUUCAUGCCUGAUGCAACAAUUGCCAACACAAGGCAAGAAUUCAGCGCUUACGACGCCAUGCCAAGUGCAAUCAAAAGGCGAACAGAUAUGGCAAAGCAGCUGUAUGCUGAAAUCAGUAACAUGAAGCUCAACGAGAAGACGAUGCUACUACGAGAGCGGAAAGCUCUUGCCCAGGUCAAGCACUAUCUCCAAAGUAACUUUGGUGCACCUUAUGAUGAAAACUAUUACGCAGGGGAUUGGAUGAUGGGACCAAACUACUUUUGCUGGCAGCCAAUCUGCUACAUUGGAUCGGAUCUUUUCUAUCAUUUUACUGCUAACCCCAAAUACAAAGGAUUUCAACCUAAAAACCUUUCAGACAUGGAAUUUGUGAUCGAUUCUAUCAAAAAGCAUGGAAAAUCCGUAAGCCAGUAUGUUGAGAACAUGAAGUAUGGGGUAAAAGCUGGAAUGGUGCGCUCUGUUAAAGAUUGUGAGUCUGGGUUAAGUGCAAUAUCAAGCAGAUUCCCCAUCAUAGCAAGAAAUAACGAAACAGGAAUUUACGACGAAACCUUUAUUAAGAAUGGUAUAAAGCACAAAGACUACCUUAAGAAGCUUGACUCAUCUGUACAAGGAGCUUGGAGAUCAAAAUAUGGCAAGACAGUGGAGGGGUCAUUAAAUGCAGCCUUGCUAAACGACCUGGGAAAGCCAAUCAAAGCGUUCAUUGAUUAUGUGAAACUCAACUACAGCAGGCAUUGCAUACCAGAUGAUAAAGUCAGUGGCCUUGCUUCACUCCCUGUUGACUACGUAUGGCUGGAUCAACGUGAAGAUAAACAGCAACCAACACUGAAAAAACUGCCAACUGGUGAGGCACUGAAUGGGCCUAAAGCUUAUGAAAUGAUACUGCCAUAUUUUACUACAAACAGUAUGAAAGCAAAUGAGAUAUACGACCUAGGGAAACGAAUGCUUGAUUCUUUGUAUCCACAAGCUUUGGAAAUAGCUAAAGCAUAUACCAAAGAAAGUGACAGCGUAAAGGCAGCAGCUAGAUUCAAAGCAGAAUUCGUGGACAGCCCGAUGAGCUACUUCAAUGCCACGCCCAUUCCUGCAAACGAAUCCGGCAGCGAUGCCUUCCAGAAGUGUCAAAGCUUGGAAACAGCUAAAAAGUACUGUCCUGUCAGAUACCAGUCCAUGAUGAACUGGUUUGAUUAUGUACAGACCACUCUUUCGAUGCUUCAUCCUAAAAUCCGAAGUUUUUUCUACGAUACAGAAAGCAGAGCGUCGACACCGAACUGUCCUUUGAAGAUGGUCGCUAAAUUCAACCCUUCUUCAGGAUCACAAAGUUAUAGCAGUGCUGGAACAAGUUGCAAAAGGCCAUGUUAUUACAAUCUUCCAUUUUUCCUUACCCCACAUGGACCACGUUAUGGUGCCAUUUCAGUUGCUGGACACGAGGGUAGACCGGGCCACCAUACUCAGGUGCAAGGAUUCUCAGAACAUUUCUCCUCUUCUGGAUCAAAGGACGUAAUUGAUUGGCUUAACUCUGAAACAUACUACACUGCGUUUACUGAAGGGUGGGCUUUGUAUGCUGAAAACCCUCUUCUUGCACAGGGAACAGACGUAUACAAAAUCUACCCUACACAAAAGUACGGUAUGUUGAAAUGGCAAAUUUGGAGAGCCUUGAGGCUCAUGAUGGACACGGGUUUCCACUCCAAAGGCAUGAAAAGGCCAGAGGCAGAGAAGUUAUUUGCAGACUACGCAUGGGACACUACAGAGAAAGCAACUAAGGACCUCACUAGGUACCAAAGUGACCCUGGGCAAGCAACAGCUUAUAUGAUAGGGCAGUUGGCGAUAUGGAAGCUUAGGAACUACACGAAGAAUGCUUUGGAGACAGCAAAGAUGAAGUUUGACGAAAAGGAGUUUCAUUAUCAUGUGCUAUCUCAAGGGUCCUCUCCUUUAGAUUAUCUAGAAUUCUACAUCAAAGAAUACGUAGCUUGUAAACUGGAUCCAAAACGCGAAGGGUGUAAGGACAUCACUGAAUCAAAGCGCACUGUUUCAAAGUCUCAAGACCAAGCCAUUUUAUCCGAAAAAGAGGAACUGAUCGAGGAAAAGCCCUUCUUUGAAAAAUACGACUAGCAAUGGUCUUUUUACCUAAAGCUAAGGGUUUUCAUCUAGUAACAUUUUCAAGUAUUAUGUAAAAAGUUUACUAGCCUUCUCGUUGUAUAAUUGGUUAAAUCGUUUUGAAUUUUGUCUUGAUUAUUGAGCUAUUUUCAUGUUAUUAACAAUGCUUGACUUCAACUUGUUGUUUAGAAAUGAUUGAUAAUGAAUAGUCCCCUCACAACUCUUGUUUUUCCCCUUCACUUUAAUAUUUUGCAUUAUAAAACAUUUUCGAACUGUAGUUGUCAGAGGAUUGCCUUAAUUCAACCAAUAUAAAUUUUUAUCAUAGUAUGUUCUCUUAUCGAUUACUUGGUAGCGUUAUGUAUUGAUUAAAAUCUCUCCUAUAGCACUAACUCCCAUAGUAAAUUGCCGAAUAAUGUAAUGUCAUCCAAUCGUCCCACUGCAGUGCGAUAAGGCUUUUGGUUAUAAAUAUCUAGGCAACUGGUAAGGUUAUUUUCCAUAAACAAUUCCUUAUUCAGAUGCCUAAUACUCUUUCUGUGCAUUUUAUUUACUGCAAAUGCGCAACUUCUCCACGCCCAGUAACAUAAUUCUGUCAAAGCGAUUGUGUAAGCUUCUAAGGGGUAGAUCCUGUAUUAAGAAUUACAGUACAUAAGUAAGUUAAUUUGCUCUGUUUGUGUGUUUUUUAAGAAAGCACGGAAAGGCUUUGUCUGAAAAAUCUUGCUAUGCUUGUAAAGAUCCAAUUGAAACAAUCAGGUCACGGAUAAUUAAAAAGUAAGAUCAGAAAGAAAGUUAAUUUAAAAUCGAGCUGUUUAAAGUAUUUUACACAUUGAUUAAAUUGGUUUGAUAAACAGAUAAUCAACAUUUGCAGAAUUUCUAUUAAUCAAAUUGGCUCAGUGAUUAAUUUUCAGGUGGUAAUUGGAGCCAAUGCUUUCUUCUUUCGUUUUUAUAGCAAAGCUUGUUCUUUACUUGCAUGUGAUUCUACCAAAAUAUAUUCAUUUUUUAUUUGAAAUUAAUUUGUGGCUCUCCGGCCCAAACAUGAUUGAUUAACCUAUUGGUUAAGUACACUACAGUUCUCAAAAUACGCCUUGUAAAAGUGUUUUGGUGAAUUAGACGUAAUCUUAUUACCGUGCAUUUCUUUGGCCUUUGCUCGUACACACAAUGCACAAAUUUAUUCAUACAUUUUGCUGUGAAUCGCACAGUGCUAAUAAUGAUGAGUAAUUCAUCAGACACAUGUUUGUUUUUUACCACUGUUUCAUGAUCCCAAGGCUAAUUCACUAAAAAGGUAUUUCGCUCUUAAUGCAGUACCAAGGCGUCUUCUUCAGGUUAUUGGCCCAAACAUGCAUUAUAUCUGGAAGGGAUAUCUAUUCAGCAUGACCCGAGAUGAUGGAUUUUCACUGUAUUAGAACUAGACAUAUUAGUAUUAACAGAAACAGUACUAAAAAUGCCAUGAAGAAGUUUUGUAUUACUGUCAAGUCAUCUCUGUACCAUCAAGCUUAUUGAAGAGAUUGUAUUUUGUAUUGUAAUGAAGCAUCACAAUGUAUUAUAAUAAUAAUGCUCACUUCAGAACCAUUACAGAUACGACAAAUCCGCAUUUAGGUUGGUUUAAUGAGCUAAACGAACUAUUUAAACCACUUUAAAAGGAGCUUGUUUUGAUGCGAUGAUGAAAAAAAGAAUAUAGUGAACAUUGAAUUUAUUU